AUGGCUCCCCACCAAUUGGACCAUACCGAAAUCUGGGACGACUCAGCUCUGGUGGAUUCUUGGAACGACGCAUUGGAUGAGUACAAGAAGUAUCACAGCAUCCACAGAAAUGGGGGCAACGUCGACGACCUCUUGGAACCCAAGCACAAGCAUGAUGAGAAGCUUUCGGAUGCCAAGCAGAGCACGGACGACGCCGACGAGCCGUCAGACCCUGGCGCAGUCAAAACAGACUCCGAGAUGAGAGGAGAAGCUGAUGAUACGAGACAAGACGGCGGAAGGCCAGCUACCCAGCACAGCCAUCCGCUUGGUGCUGGUCCCGGCCCCGUGCCGGCAGGACUGCUCGGUUCAGUUCGUGAUGAAGGCCUCAAGAGACUGCUGAUGUCUUGGUACUACGCAGGAUAUUACACUGGCUAUUACGAAGGACAGCAUGAUGCGCCACCGCAGCGCGAGUAG